AUGUCCAGUAGUUCAACCACACUUAUCAUCGUAAUUGGAUCUUCCGGAUCGUCGCAAGCGACGGUAUCACUUACUACACCGAAUAGCACACCUACACCAACUGCAUUAGAUAGCAUAUUAUCCACUACCUCGACCGCAACUUUACCUCCUUCAACCAUGAGCACCGUAUCAUCUCCGGGUGCCACCUCAUCACUCACCGUUACCUCUCCUACCCCUACCCCUACCCCGACAUCUUCCGGAUCCGCAGCAUCCCGAACUCCGAACCUCGGUGGCAUCAUCGGCGGAGCGCUAGGCGGGGCCGCCGCCCUCUUAUGGCUUCUCGCUCUCUUGUGGUGGGCAAAUCGGCACAGCUGGUUCCGACGACCAGGAUACAAACGGCACCGAGACUCAGUCGGCGCGUUUGGGAAACGGAGUCCGGCGAUCACACCUACUACCGAAUCGGCCGGUCCGUUUGGUCGGCCGGCCCCAGCCCCAGCACAACCUCAGAUGGGCAUGUUUGGCGAACGAACGUUUGGCCAGCAGCCUCGGCCUGCCCCACCUCCACCUCCGGCUCCACGCAUGAGCUUUGGCGAUCCUCCGAGACAGAGUUACGGUGACCAGUCGAGACAGAGCUUCAGUGACCCUCCAAGACCGAGCUACGGUGAUCCACCACGGACGAAUUUUGAACGAACGAGUUUUGGUGAUUUACCAAGACCGAAUUUCGGAUCUGCGCCGCCCGUACCUGGUCUCCCGCCCCAACCACCGAAACCUAACCCUCCGACUUCAGUUCAGGCUCCGGCUCCAGUUCCAGUUCCGGUUCCAGCACCUCGUUCAUCCACCGGGUUCGGUAUAGGCGACCGUUCGAGUUUUGGUGAUCGACUCUCUGCGUUUGGCGAUAGACCACGAAGCGGGUUUGGUGAUCGACCAAGGUCCGGAUUUGGUGAUCGACGAUCGCCCUCGCCCGAUCGAGUUCGUCGUUUCUUUGGUGCCGGCAACGGGAACAAAAACGAUGAGUGGGCAGGUGCCGGGCGACGGGUGAGCGUCGAACCGGGUACACCCGAGAUGGAGGACCGAGGGGGGAUAUUAGGAUUCUUUGCUCGUGCAAAGGAGAGUGCCGAGAGGAGGAAGAGGGUCAAGGCGGAGUACGAGGAGGAUAUGAGGAGGAUGAGAGGACGGUCGAUUGUCGAGUCUGAUUAUGGACGGUUUUGA